UCCAUCUAUAGGCAGGUGGACGGCUAAGUCAGAGCGGGUCAGACUCUCCCGGUAAAGCAGCAGCCACUGCUGUAAAGUCAGACCAUUAUGUGGUUGUUGGCUUUAAACUGGUCGCUGCGUUUUUUCUUUGCCUCGGCUUUAGACCACGAGGAACAGCCUGCACAGCGCUCUGCUGCAGAGUUGGAGGAGUUGGUAAUAGUGAUUCAGAGUCAGAGAAACUCCUACCAUGCCCGACGGAGUCAUCAAAGGAAGGAAGAGAUUCUGCAUGAGGCAGCUAAUCUUGGCCAGGGGCUUCCAGUGGUUCUCCUCCUUCAUGAGCUGUCUGAUUAUGAAGGAAACUGGAGCAUCCUUCCUGUGCUUCCGCUUCUCUCUGCUAUUUAUGGAGCAUCGGCAUCCUGGCUUAUCUUUGUAGAAGAGGAAACUACAGUAGUUUUGCAUGUUUUGCUGAGAGUUCUUAAAAGAUAUUCAGUCCAAGAGGAAUGGUUUUUAGGUCAUCGUCUCCAUGACAACAAGCCCUCCAUCAUUCACCACUACUAUUUUUCUGAAGAUACCACUUCUUUUGGUUAUCCUGACCCGGCUGCAGGAUGGGCUCUAAGUGCUCCACUGUACCAAAGACUUGCUGAGCGGAUUCAAAAUGAGAAUCUGAAGUCGGAUUUUACAAUCGACUUGACCCAUGAGAUUGCUCUGUUUAUUUGGGAGGAAGGAAGAGGUCCAAAGAUGACAGCAGUUCCAGAGUUCUGUGCAGAGACUAGAGACAACUGUGCAACCACAUUUUCAACCUACCUACCGAACUGUGGGGAUCCUGUAUCGAAGAACAAUUUAUUUGUUGCUGUGAAAACCUGUGAAAAAUUUCAUUCAGUACGAGUACCGGUCGUAAAGUCUACGUGGGAAAAAGACGCUGCUUAUUUAGAGUAUUACAGUGAUGUCAGUGAUGACUCUAUACCCACAAUCUACCUGGGAGUGCCUAAUACUGAGAGAGGACACUGUGGGAAGACGUUUGCCAUCAUGAGACGUUUUCUGAGUGAAGCCGUUCCGAACGUUGAUUGGCUCCUUAUUGUUGAUGAUGAUACUCUCAUAAGUUUGCCCCGGCUGCGGCAGCUGCUUCAGUGCUACAACCCAAAGGAAGCAGUGAGCCUGGGAGAAAAAUAUGGAUAUGGCCUGAUGCAAAACGGAUACAGCUACACAACAGGAGGUGGCGGGAUUGUACUAAGUAGGACAGCGGUGUCCAGACUGCUCUCCAGCGGCUGCAGCUGCUACAGUGAUGAUGCUCCUGAUGACAUGGUCCUGGGGAGGUGCCUUACUUCAAUUGGGGUUCCCAUCACACACAGUCCUCUGUUCCACCAGGCCCAACCGGAUGACUACUCAGGGACACGGAUCAGCCCAAAGCACUCCAUCUCCUUCCAUAAGCACUGGAAUAUAGAUCCUCUGGCUGUCUACAGAAACUGGCUGCAGGACCUGGAGCUGAGAGAUGAACUGUGAUAAAAAAUCUUUUUGAGAAUAUUGGUCAAGAGCGCCUAUUGUGUCUGGAAAUUAUGCUCAAGAUAAUUCAUGUUU